AAAAAAAAAAAAAAAUGCGAACAUCAUUUUCUCUCUGUUUUGGACGACAAAAAAUUCAAACAUUAUUUAGUAAUUUGUAACAAAACGACAAGUCAAACCUAAAAUUUCUUGCUUGUCGAUUUCGUUCCAAUUAAACCAAGUCAAUUCUCGUACCAGAACAACAACCCAGCAAACUUUCCUUUCUCUUCCUUUCUUAAUCUUCUUCUUCAUGCUUACUCGUCCUCGUUGUACAGCCCAACCUUGAUUACGACCCUCGGUAUUCAUUGGGGCCGGCCCACUCCUUCAUGGGAUUCUUCGCUAAACUCUUUGCUUGCAUCGAGAAACGCCUCAAAGCCUCACGAAGUGGCUCCACCAGGGAAGACGGAGCAGACGAGGGCUCCGACACUCACGGCCUUUUCUUCGAACUUCGUGCGCUCCAAAUUGCUACUAACUAUUUCUCUGAACUUAAUCGCCUCGGUCAUGGUGGCUUUGGUCCCGUCUACAAGGGUUUGAUGCCAAAUGGUCAAGAAAUAGCAGUCAAGAAGCUUUCACUGGAUUCGAGACAGGGACUGAAACAAUUCACUAAUGAGGUGAAACUUUUAUUGAAAACCCAGCACAAGAACUUAGUGAUGUUGUUGGGGUGCUGUGCAGAAGGACCUGAGAAGAUGCUUGUUUAUGAAUAUUUGCCAAAUAAAAGCCUUGAUUACUUUCUCUUUGAUAAGAAUAAGUCUUCUUCCUUGGAUUGGACAACACGAUUUAAGAUAGUCACAGGCAUUGCAAGAGGUCUUCUCUACCUGCAUGAAGAGGCACCUGAAAGGAUCAUACAUAUAGACAUUAAAGCCAGUAAUAUAUUGUUGGAUCAGCAAUUAAACCCAAAAAUCUCGGAUUUUGGCUUGGCAAGGCUCUUCCCUGGAGAUGACACUCAUGUAAAUACAUUCAGGAUUUCUGGAACUCAUGGUUACAUGGCCCCCGAAUAUGCCAUGCAUGGAUAUUUGUCUGUGAAGACUGAUGUUUUCAGCUAUGGAGUUUUGGUCUUGGAGAUAGUAAGUGGGAGAAAAAACCAUGAUAGCUGUCUUGGUUCAGAGAAGGCAGAUCUCUUGAGCUAUUCAUGGCUGCUCUUUCAAGGAGGAAAGUCAUUGGAUUUAGUUGAUCCAUCCCUUGAGAAGUACAAUCGCGAUGAGGCAGCAAUGUGCAUUCAGCUGGGUUUGUUAUGUUGUCAACAGACUGUUGCUGAGAGGCCUGACAUGAACUCUGUUCAUCUCAUGCUUUCAAGUGAUUCAUUUACUUUGCCAAGGCCAGGUAAACCUGCAAUUCAAGGCCGCGUAGGACGGUGGACAACAACUUCUACUUCUGCUUUUACUAGUACUAAUGCCAAUAGCACGAACACUGGUGUCACAAAGGCUUCGGGAGGCAGUAGUUUUGUUGAGGAUUAUUCUAGAAAUUCCAUAUCAUAUUCUUCUAUUGAUGAGGGUAGAUGAGCUACUUGUAGUAUAGUUGUGAUCUCAUGUAAAACAUUAUUUUUAUAUGAUUUAAUGUUAAUAUCAUCUUAUUUGUUUGGUGAUGCUAAAUUUCUAGUUGAGGUAGCGGAGAGAAAAG